AUGUUCUUCGACAUGGGACCCUACAUGGUAUGGGUGCGGGGAUACAUGCUCAAACUCGAGGUUAUGGAUCAUGCAUUGGGGGUUCUAGCCAACCAUCACUCUAGUGUCAUGGAAUUAGAAACAAGAUUUCUCCUUUCAUGUGUUCUCGAUCAUCAGCCAGGGGACCAUGGUACCAGUGCGAGUGGUACAAGUGUGGGUCGUGGGUAUGGAUCAUUUGGGGUACGGGUCAUUAGGUCGAUUAAGUAUCAUAUGGCCAUGAGACAAGGUUUGAUUUUCAUAUGUGCUUCGACAUAG